GAAAUUAAGAAAAUCAAGAAGAAAUUGAGCAACUUGUGUAUCGAUUUCAACAAGCACCUGAAUGAGGAUACCACCAGCCUCUCCUUCAGCAGAGAGGAGCUGGGAGGACUCCCUGAAGACUUCCUCAGCUCCCUGGAGACGGACGAGGAUGGCAAGCUAAAGGUCACUCUGAAGUACCCUCACUACUUCCCUACCAUGAAGAAGUGCCACGUCCCCGAGACCAGACAGAAAAUGGAGGAGGCCUUCAACUCCCGAUGCAAAGAGGAUAACUCGGAGAUCCUGAAGGAGCUGGUGGAGCUGCGUGCCCAGAAAUGCGCCCUCCUUGGGUUCUUCAACCACGCUGACUUCGUCCUGGAGAUGAACAUGGCCAAGUCCAGCAAACAAGUGGCUGUGUUCCUGGAUGAACUCGCGCAGAAGCUGAAGCCGCUGGGCCAGGAGGAGCGGGCGGUCAUCCUUAAACUGAAGGAGAAGGAAUGCGAGAAGCGGGGGCCGAAGUUUGAUGGGCAAAUCCAUGCCUGGGACACCCGGUACUACAUGACCCAGGUCGAGGAGACCCAGUAUGCGGUGGACCAGAACCUCCUGAAGGAGUAUUUCCCCAUGGAGGUGGUCACCCAGGGUUUGCUGGACAUCUACCAGGACCUGCUGGGCCUCAGUUUCCAGCUAGAGGAGGGUGCCCCUGUGUGGCACGAGGACGUCAAGCUGUAUACUGUCAAGGACCGCGCUUCUGGUGACAUCAUUGGCCAGUUCUACCUGGACCUUUUCCCCAGGGAGGGGAAGUACGGCCAUGCGGCCUGUUUCGGCCUGCAGCCAGGCUGCCUGCUCCCUAACGGGACCCGGCAGAUCGCGGUGGCCGCCAUGGUGGCCAACUUCAGCAAGCCCACCGCCGAGGCCCCUUCGCUGCUGCAGCACGACGAGGUGGAGACCUACUUCCACGAGUUCGGCCACGUCAUGCACCAGCUCUGUGCACAGACGGAGUUUGCCAUGUUCAGCGGCACCCACGUGGAGCGGGACUUCGUGGAGGCGCCCUCUCAGAUGCUGGAGAACUGGGUGUGGGAGAAGGAGCCCCUGCAGCGGAUGUCCAAGCACUACAAGACCGGCAGCCCCAUCCCCGAGGAGCUGCUGGACAAGCUCAUCAAGUCUCGCCUGGCCAACACCGGUCUCUUCAACCUGCGGCAGAUCGUUCUGGCCAAGGUGGACCAGGCCCUGCACACCAAGAAGGGCCUCGACCCGGCGGAGGAGUACGCCAGGCUGUGCCGGGACAUCCUGGGGGUGCCUGCUUCCUCAGGCACCAACAUGCCGGCCACAUUUGGCCACCUGGCCGGAGGCUACGAUGCUCAGUACUACGGGUACCUGUGGAGUGAGGUCUUCUCCAUGGAUAUGUUUUAUGCCCGCUUCAAACUGGAGGGCAUCAUGAACCCCAAGGUGGGCCUGGACUACAGGAACUGCAUCUUAAAACCCGGAGGGUCGAUGGACGCAGCCGACAUGCUACAGAACUUCCUGGGUCGCGAACCGAAACAGGAAGCGUUCCUCUUAAGCAAAGGACUGUCAGUGGAGGUGGAAGCAGGCACGCCCUGCGCCUGCUGACCUCCUCCUCCCCUCUGAUGCACCCAGAUUAACCCACCCACACCAACCCCAGCGCACCUGUGGCCAGUGCAAGAGACUGCAGUCCAGGUGGUUUGAGAAAGACCCUGACCCACCCCCUCCACCCCACCUGACCUUCCCUACUCCCCCCUCGUAUGCGGUGUUCAGUUUUUUGAGAUGACUUUGGGCUGUUUCAAAUAAUUUUUUGGGAUUGUAUUUGAAACCAGUUGAGAAUCAUGAAAAAUGUUCAAAAUAUUACUCAUAGUGUUGGUGUUA